UUUCCGUAGCAGGUUUAGAAUAAUUUACGCAACAGUUUAGGAUAAUUAAUGUAGCCGGUUGGGGGGAAUAGGUUAAGGUUAGGGUUAGCUAGAAUGCACCAAAACAACUUUUGACGUCAAUUCGACAAAAGCAAUAUACAAUCUAGACAUAGGUGUCAAUGGUUGGUUCCACCCCCACGUGUAAUACGGUUUCGUCAAACGCUCCCUACGCUGUAGGCUGGACAAUUGAACGAGUCAAAAUUUACCCAAGCCAGUGACGUUUCUGAAUUUGUGAAUAAAUACUCGAGCGCCACGAACGAAAGAUCGUGAAUGCAUGACAUGAACUGACUGAGGAGAAGUCGCAGGAGGACACGAUUAAUUAAUUAAUAAAAGCCACAACAUUUUGCUAGGUACGGCAUUACUUUAUUUUAUCUGCCAAACGAAGAACGCUAACAAUGAUGAACGGACAGAUGAACGGUUUUCAUAACUCCCUUAUUGACGAGGACUGCUUCCUAUUCACCUCUGAGUCGGUAGGAGAAGGACACCCUGAUAAGAUUUGCGACCAGAUCAGUGAUGCAGUGCUUGACGCCCAUCUCAAACAGGAUCCUGAUGCCAAAGUUGCUUGUGAGACUGUUGCUAAGACUGGGAUGAUCCUGCUGGCAGGUGAGGUGACAUCGCGUGCUACAGUGGACUAUCAGAAGGUUGUUCGCGACACCAUCCGCCACAUCGGAUACGAUGACUCCUCCAAAGGUUUUGACUAUAAGACCUGCAACGUGCUGGUGGCCCUAGAGCAGCAAUCUCCAGACAUCGCCCAGGGUGUUCACAUCGACCGCAAUGAGGAGGAUAUAGGGGCAGGGGACCAGGGCCUGAUGUUUGGUUAUGCUACUGAUGAGACUGAGGAGUGCAUGCCCCUCACUAUUAUGCUCGCUCACAAGCUCAAUGCUAAAAUGGCUGAACUGCGUCGCAAUGGCACCCUGCCCUGGCUCCGGCCUGACUCCAAGACCCAGGUGACAGUUCAGUACCGCCAGGACCGUGGCACCAUGCUGCCAGUGCGUGUCCACACCAUCGUGGUCUCUGUGCAGCAUGAUGAGGACAUCUGCCUGGAUGAGAUGCGUGAUGCUCUGAAGGAGAAGGUCGUCAAAGCUGUCGUGCCCUGCAUUUACCUGGAUGAUGACACCAUCUAUCACAUGCAACCCAGUGGACGCUUUGUCAUCGGAGGCCCACAGGGUGAUGCUGGCCUGACGGGCCGUAAGAUCAUUGUUGACACUUAUGGAGGCUGGGGAGCCCAUGGUGGAGGAGCCUUCUCAGGGAAGGACUACACUAAGGUGGACCGCUCUGCUGCCUACGCUGCCCGCUGGGUGGCCAAGUCUCUGGUUAAGGCGGAGCUGUGCAAGAGGGUCCUGGUCCAGGUUGCUUAUGCCAUCGGAGUGGCACACCCCCUCUCAAUCUCCAUUUUCCACUAUGGCACAUCCCAGAAGAGUGAGAGGGAGCUGCUGGACAUCGUCAAGAAGAACUUUGACCUUCGUCCUGGUGUCAUUGUCAGGGAGCUGGAGCUGAAGAAGCCAAUGUAUCAGAGGACCGCAGCCUAUGGCCACUUUGGCCGGGAAUCCUUCCCAUGGGAGGUGCCCAAAAAGCUCAAAUACUAAACCUGUCAAGCUUUUCCCCCAGGCCUGUUGGUGUAUACUACAGAGAAGCCUGCAUGGUCUUGGGGUGAAAGGCCCUUUAAACCCCCUUCCCUCUUUAAUGGCAUAUUAAAACCUGAUCUACCCCUCCACCUUUCCUUAAAAUGCACCCCCCCCUUCUAACUCCGCUCUGUCAUCUGUACUGUCUUUUUGCUGUUAGUAGUAUAAGCUCUAAUGUUCUCAAAUAUUUCAGGAAAGUAAUGUUAAGAGAAUAAAAGGGUGUUAGCUAGCUACCUGAAUCACUGAAAUGUGCUUCAUUGUCCCCUUUGAGGAGGUCCUGAAGUACCCUGGUCUUCUACUGAUGUCCCUCACACUAGAACUCGUAGCCCCUGCCCAGCCUUAACCAAACUGCAGUAUUUACAGUUUCUUAGUAUCUGGGCUUAACUGUCCUUAUACUUCAUCAGUUUGGGAAUAUUUUGCUACCGUUAAGUCUAAUGACUUAACAGGGUUACACGUUUAUGUUCAUUUACUGGUGCUAUGGAUGUAAGGGACACCGCUCGAAGCAAACAGUUUAGGGAAGCAGUAUUGAUUGGGGAUCCCCAUUAGCUACUCUUCCUGGGGUCCAAACAGUAAUGCCCCAAUCUUUCCUUUUAGUGUAGACUUUGUUGUUAGUCUGGUUUUGUGACCCCCCCCCCUAAUCCCUCACCUUUUCAAGAUUUAACUUCAAUUAUCCUUGUGGAGGAUAUAAAAAGGGCACGUUUUAAGGGUCAGUGGGUGCUGUUUUUCAAAAAUGCUAUGCAUUGCAUGCUGAGUAACAAACACAUUUUUAUUGUCAAGUUCUUGAAUAAGCAGAGUAAAGUCUCAGAUGCCCCUGCAGAUGUCUGUGCUGUUUUCUGACGUAAUACAGAAAAGUCAGAAGCUGCUAUGUCACUGCGACGGUUUGUAGGGGUGUUUGAUUUUAUACUUAGUCAUUUAAAAUAUUCUCAUUGGAUUGUCCUAAUGUUGAAGUUUCAAUUUUAAACAACUCCUUCAAAAGGUAGUUUAAUUUCCUUCUGUUUUUAUUUACAUUUUAUAAAAUGGUUUAAGGUCAAUACCCUCCUUCCUUGGGUAUUGGUGGCAGUUGUAGCUACAAAGAAACCACAAUUUUUAUCCUGAAGGAGAGCUGUCUUUGCCACAAUACAUAGCUCUUACUACUGGCAAACAAUAUUAAAUAAACUUUUUUUAAAUAUAUUUAUUUGUUCUCUGAAAGUUGCAAUGGCUUCAGAAGGCAGCUUAAAGGUUUUAAUCACAUUUUGACUUGACUGAAUGCCAUAAAUAAGUUGAAACAUUUUUCAGUGUUUCUCUCGUGGUUCCAAAGUGUCAUACAGAAAAGCUUUGGUCUGCUUCCACAGGGAACUGUCACUGGCUGAUGUGAUGAGUGUUGCUGUUUUGACCACAGAUUAUUUUGGGUGUGAUUGUAUUAACCAUACAAGUCUACUGUUCGCCUAACUCCCCCACCUUAUCCUUACAUUAAGAGAUGGCAAAGUUUGGCUGGUGUUGUACAGAGAAACCAGCCUUGUUUACAAGCUGUCUCUUGUAUGGAUGGGGUUUCCCUUGGAGCUUUGGUUUUGUUUCCUGUUACCACUCGAAGACUAGUCUGCUGGCUACUGUGAGUAAGAGUGCCUUUUCUAUUUCCUCCCCCAAUCCCUGUAUUGAACCCAUUUCUUCCUUCCUGUUCUCUAUCAACAUGCAUCUGACAUCCUGAGGAACAGGUAGCUUGUCUCAAUUGUCUUCAGAGGUUGGCUACUGAUUCCUCAUGUCAAAGAUCUGAAAUAAAUGACUACUUUCCUUCAUGAA